AUCGGAUUCGCGCCUUCCUCCUCUCCUCAUCCUCGCCAGAUCGUGACGAAUCUGAUCGCGGCGCUCUUGUUCGCUUUUUGUAUCAACCAUUCAUCUUAUUUGUCGGCGUGUUAUAUUUUUUUUUCUGGGCUGUUUUCUCCUGUGUAGCCCUUGCCGACGACGACUUACUCCGCUCGAAGUGAUAAUUUUCGCAAAACCGCAAAUAAAUCAAUUUAUUCGUCGUCUUGUUUUCUGUAUCUGCGGUUUUCAAAGGGACAGCAAGCAGCUGGCCACAAAACCACUCCUACCAGCUAUACGCCUGGAGGAGGGAGCCAUUCCUAUCUGGCAGGCCUCUGCAGCUCUUUAUUUCAGUUUGAGGAAGCAUGCUUAGAGCUUAGAUCUAGACAGUAGGAACGCUUUCGCAUCCUGUCCAAAGACACAAUGGAGGGCUCGCACAACCAGCAAGUGAGGCGAGCUCAGACUUCUCUAAACCCAGAGACCCCGUCUACAAGCUACCAGGUCAAUGUUAAGCGCAAUAAGACCAGGAAAUGGGUUGAGGCUAAGGUCCAAAACUAUGACGGCGACGACUGGGGAGCUGACGAAUACGACGAAGAAUCUGAUCCUGAUCAUGACUCCUCGGCAACUCCUCCUCCCCCCAUCAACCCCUCGCUGCGCACCUUUUCCGGCACCGAUCUGCUACAUUCUCGCCACAACACGCCCAGUCCAGCCUCGAGCUUGAGUGCGUUGCCGUCGUUGCGAUCACAAGUUCCGCAGCCUCCCGCUGUGCCACCAGCCAGCGAGUCUCCGCGCAUUGCAGUUGCAUCGCCUGAUGUGUCGGACCUAUCGGUUCGCAGCAACUCGGACUCGAUUGCCAGCCCUCAUGUAGUAUCACCCCAGUCUGUGCAGGGCCGUGACGGCGAUGGUAGCAAUCUGCCGUUGGCCGGCAUUGCUCAGCUGCCUUCGCAGGUCCAACAACAGCAACAACAAGGGCCCGGCGGCUUCAACGUGUCGCGCACCCCCAGCUUUGAACAGGCCGUCAAGCCCACGUCUACACCUCCGGUUGCUGGUGAUCGCUUCGCGACACCUCCUCAGAAUCCCGCCGCAUCCCCGCCACCCGCAGACCAACCGCCUCCCGUCAUUUACUCUCCCAAUAACUACAGUCGCCUUCCGGACGAGAAUGAAGAUCACGCGGCUUUAGCGCUCGCUCCAACUACCACCGCUGGAAGCGAUCAAGGUGCAUUCGCGCCAAAACCUUUGGUCAGGGAAGAUACACGCGAUACCUGGGAAAGGGACGAGGAGCCUUCCUCUCAUGCUGACCAGCCUGGUGUCCCGGAAAUCUCUCCAGACGUUGCUGAGUCUCAAAUCGACCGUGGGCGAAUGUCUGUUAGUCCAAAGCUGCCAGACCUUUCACGCAUGUCUGCCUUUGGAGCAGACCUCUUCUCAUCGUCUACGAGUAACAAUUUUCCAAAGGAGCGUGUCAUUGAUGAAAAUCAAGCGGACAGAGGUGAAGAGCCGGCUGCCAGUCCAGCAGCUGCCCCUCCAGCCAUUGACUAUAGUCAAACCGCUCCACCGACUGAAGGCCAAGAUCACUCAGAGGUACCGGGCGGUGCGCCUCUUUCUCAAUCUUCUGAUCUGUUUCCUGGCAGAAACAUUCCUUCUAUCCCUCCUUUGCGAACCCCUAGCCCCCACGAACCCCGAACUGCCGUUCCCAUGUUUGAGUCACAAGGCACGAAGAUUACUCCAACAGAACCUCUUCAGCCGGGCAGAGAAGAGUCUUUGGCAGAUGUUGAAAAUCCUCAGCUGUUCCAAAGAAUGCAGACUUACAGCACCAGCACAUCAUCUCCCGUUAAAGAUAGUCCUCUGAAAGAGAAUGACGUGCUCAGCGACGAGAUUAUGCGGACCCUCAGCCCUUCAGGUGCGGUCGCUGCUGAAGUCAAGCCUUUCAGCGACGGCCCUCAGCUGCAUCCAGCGGGAGAUCGGAGUGCCGUUAGAGAGAGUAGCUACACACUUGGUGACUACGAUAGCUACUGGGCAGAUGCUGCAGCAAGCUUGGACGAUGCUUCGGCACCGCCACAUGAGACUCUCGCCACUCCACAGCCGCCUCAGCAAUCGGUACAGGGACAGCAGCAAGGAGAAGGAAAAGAGGAGCCUCAGGAGCUUCAGGAGCCUCAGUCUUCACUCAGACGAAGAUUCUCUUGGGAGGACGAGCAGCGCACCCCCACGGGUCAGCCUCAGACUCCUACUCCUCUGCCAGCCCCGCCAGCAGAUGAUGGCUCCUCUGCUCCUGCGCUUCAUCUUACUGCGCCGUCUGGCCAGCCGCUUGAGCCAUCCGUGACGAACUUGACUAACGAAUCUCGUAGCCAUAGCCCUGUAUCCCAGCUGUCGCAAGCACCACCAGCGGGAUCUGGCGUGGGUGCACCACUGGCGCUUCAGACGUCUGUCCUGGGGCAUGAUUCGUCAUUCCCAGAGCCUCCUUCUCCAGUGUCUGUGUCUGUCCUCAGUGAUAAGCCUUCUACCACUGCCCGUGAACAGUCAUGCCUGUCUAUUGCGGAUGAGAAGGUACUGGUUGACCAGGGAUCCGUCAGUCUGGAGACGGGAACUCCACCUCCUGCAGAAUCUCACCCGGCCAUAUCUUCACCGACUUCUGCAGCAUCUGUACCCGCUCCACAGACCCCUGUUCACAACGCGGCACUCCCACAGGCCAAAGCAAUGAACUUUAAGGACAUUAUGGCUUUGUCAACGCCGUCAGAGAGGAUAGACAAGUAUGGCGAGGCGCGCCAGAUCUUGGCUGCCAGAGACUCUGGCCUGGACACUUGGCUUGUGCACAUGUCCACAGAGCACCCUGAGCUCCCGGCGUCCAAGUCUGUUCCCGGCCAGACGUCUCAAUCAACUAACAAUGCUGCUCUGCCGGCGGGAGCUCAGCCCUCCGGUCAACAGCCCUAUCACCAGCACUCGCCCAGCACAGCCGGGCCACAAAGCGGCGGAGGUGGCGGCGCUCGCUCCAGGUUGGGUGGAUUGUCGAUGCCAUCUCAGAUGUCCGGCAGCGCGCUCAGUCACUCGGGCAAAGAGAUUGGCAACAAGAGCAAGGAAUUCAUGCAUUCAGCUGGGAAGAUGGGCAAGGGACUGUUGAGCAAGGGCAAAAGCAAACUGCGCGGAAGCGGGGACAAGGUCGAUACCAUUCCGCCGGACCAUCCAGUCCCCCACAAACCGCACCGACGCUCGACAUGGCGCUUCAGUCUCGAGCCAAGACCUCAGGACGAUCCUGCCCCACAUACCAGCAGCGUCGAGAUUAUUGAGACGACUCCGCCACAGCUGCCCGACCCGUCCCCGAUCUCACCCUUGAACGCCGCAUCGGGGGCUGGAUCGGCCUUUCCAUGGACCGUCGAGAACGACAUUCCACACCAGGACGUGUCGCCGGUAAAAGAAUCCAUCGACGACGACGAGCGCGUCAGAUUGGACGAAUUAGUAAUCGCCAAUUCCUUCCUGCCUGGUGCUUAUGCGUCAGCAGAGCACGGCGAGGGCUUCUUCCCCGCUGGCCAGCCGGGGGCGUCGGACGUGAACUUGGACAUGGUGACACCGGACGACUGGGUGGUGGUGCAACACCAAGGCGAGCAGAGCCAGGCCCAACGAAUGUCCCUGUCGCACAGAGCCAUGGCCACGCAGGACAUCGCGGGUCCCGGAGCUGCGAUCGGCUCUGCAGUCGGAGCUGCAGCCGAAGCUAAUGCGCCCCAACAUCAAGCCUGGCAGCCACCAACCCAAUCCCAAACUCAAAACCAGCCCCAGAGCGGCCCGGAUACGCCCCAACGCAACUCGUCCUUCAUCGGCCUGCCGCCUAUCAGGAGAGGCUCAACGUUUGGUCCCAAGCCCAAGGCUCGACGGGCCACCGAGCGUUUCUCCCUGGACGAUGAGGAUGACAAUGCCGAUAGUGCCAAUGGCUGGGCUGUUGCCGGCGCCGAUGGCUAUGAUGGCGUUCAUCCUGCUCAGCGUCCAGGCGGCGGCUUCGAUAGGCCAGCUGCAGCUCCCGCAGAGGCGUUGAUGAAUACGAGUAAAACCCUUCCCCCUCAGCCAAUGCAAGGGGUACCGCUGCCGACGGCAGUCAACUUUAGUCAGGGGCAGCCCCCUAAUGCGGGUCGCCAGUACCAGCAACCACAGCAACAACAGCAACAGUCGCAGCUGCAGCAAUAUCCUGGGGGACCUAAUCCUCAAUUCGCCCAGAUCGGCCCUCACAACGUGCCUCCGGGAAUGCCAGCGCCAAUACUGAGUAGCUUAGUUCAGAAACCUCCGCCUACAGGCUCGUGGAAGCUAGAAGAAAGCCAUUUGACUGCGCCACUUCAAGUCACCAAGAAGCGUUCCGGCACAGAUAUUGCACAGCAGUUUGCCUAUAGCGCAUACGACAAAGAGCUUGGUUUAGAAUAUCCAGCUGCUCCAAUGCCUCCCGCCCAAGGCCCUCCAGGGCGAUUCAGGAGCGACGUGCCUCCAUCAUCUGCUCGGCGCUAUCCAGACUUAUUUUCUCUAUCCCCUGCGCAAGACCCGCGGCAGCAGCACAUUCGAGGCCAAGGAUUUCCUCCUCCCCAGAUGCAACAAGGCCGCCCGCCUAGAGAAGGGGCGGCUGGUCCACGACAGCAGCAGCAGCAGCAGCAGCAGGGCGGGCCAGAAAGCCCUGCGAGUGGCAUGACAGCUGAGGAUCGUGGCCGUAGGAGAAAUUCUGGCAUCUUCAGAGACAUUGGAACGCGACUUGCGAGGGCAACCUCUAGAGAACGCCGGAGCUCUGUUUCUGACGUUAAGCCGCGAGGAGAUGAAAUGUCUGAAGGCAGCGUGGUAACGGAGGAUGCCUCGGAUCGAAAGAGAAAACGAGCCAGCUUCUUCGGGCUCAGUGGCCGCCCUAUAUCGGCGGAUCAGGCUCCCCGAAAUCAAGCUGGAGGUGAGGUGCCCACUGAUUUUCACGAGGAGCGGAAGCGGUCUUUAUUCGGUGGCGCACCCCUCAAGAUAGGUCCUGGUAACUUUUCUCGCUCGUCUACCGCAAACUCCGCGUUUGAGCAAGCUGCUGGUCCUGGUAGCGAAACAAAUCCGCACAAGAGGAGGAUAUCCGACAUCGCCAAGGUAUCUGGCAUUGCAGGCCUGUUUGGUCGCUCCCGUCAAGAUCGGUCUUCAUUAGGCGCAAUUCCCACAUCCCAGCAGAGCGAUGAACAAAGACAGACCUCUCAAGCGUCGAUUCAGAUACCACCUAUGCAAUUGCCAUCUUUGGAUUUUGCAUCCGACCCGCUGGAAUCCAUGUCCAGCUUGGGAUUCGAAGAGUCAUUCCAGGAUUACCGUCGUGAAGAACAACCUACUCAAAAGCAUCUUGUCAAUUCUCAACUUCACUCUGCUCCUCCUGACAACUUUAUCAACACUCAAGCUAGAGCAGUCUCUCCACUGUCCAAUAUUGUGAGCGCCCAGGAGGGGGCAGUUCCUGCAGUGGUGGCACCGCCUACGAUUAAUCAAUCAGCACAGGGAAUGCCCCAGGACAAUCCACAAAUUGACCAAGAUGUUGCCGGCGGAGAGGAUUUGGAAGCGCCGCCGGGGCUCCAGGCGGACUCGAUGGACGAAAAGACUCCCAAGCUUCAGGAUUUCAUCUUCCAGGAAAAGAUGGCAGCUCUCCAACUCAGCGGAUUGGACGAUAAUGUUAGCGAAGAAGAGAUCUCGAGAUCACAAACAGUGUCUCCGGACAUAUCUAUCUCGUCUAAUACCAAGGCGGAGGAGCACAUUCCUGAGCGAAAUGAGAUUUUGAUUACGCCGCCUCCUGAGACGUCUCUUCCUGCACCUGCGGAUUCUGACGCCAUCAACCAUUCUGCUGUUGCCAGGGAUCUACCACCAUCGAUCCAUUCUUUCCCAUCCGUCUCUUCACUUCGUGAAAAAUCGGACGCCAAGUCUGUUGAGCAAGAAGAAGGCUCUGUGCAUCAAACCAAAGAAGAAGAGGCGGCAAUUUCUCGUGAACCUUCGCCACAGAUUGCAAAGUCGGAGGUAUCCAGCAAAGUUGCAACCCCGACAUCUGAGCACCAGCAGCUGCACUCGCCGGCUUUGGCCGCUGUGAAGGUGUCAGAGACCCAAAGCCCUGAGCCGCCGGCCACUCCCCAGUCUCAGGUUCGGCCUGAACCCCAGCAAAGGCCUGAGUUUCAAGCUCUACCCGAGCCUCAGCAGCUACCUAUAUCUCAACAGAGACCUAUAUCUCAGGAGCGACUUGAAUCUGAGCCGCGACCUAUAUCUCAACAGCGACCCAUAUCUCAGCAGCGACCCGAACCUCAACAGGAACCCGAACUUCAGCAGGGGCCUGGGCCUCAACAGCGGCCUAUAUCUCAGCAGCGACUGGAAUCUGAGCAACAAUCCGAAUCUCAACGACCUGAAUUUCAGCAGCGGCCUACCUCUCAGCAGCGGCCCAUGUCCCAGCAGCGGCCUCCACUAGCACCAGACCAGAGACAGCAGUUUCAGCAAUUUCAUGCCCAGGGAUCAGUUGUUCCUGUCGGUGGUAACCAACCAGUACUGCAGCAGCGGCCUCAAUACCCGCCCUCAGUAAGCAUCUCUAACGCCUCCAUCGCUUCAGAGGCAUCGACUCCAAUCUACAGUACCCAACAAUCUAGAUCACAUAAUCUCUUCCCAGGACUUCCCGUCUCACCGGGACGAGCAUUGACACAACCUCCAGAUGGCUCAGCUCAACAGAAAGAAAACCAAGGAUCACGAUGGAAGGGGUUUAGGAAUCGAGUGACAGAGCAAAUCUCCCAAAAGACACAGCCGCAGCAGCAGCCGCCGCCGCAAUUACAGCAGCAGCAGAGUCAGAGCAAGACUCUUGUGGGAGAGAAGAUCAAGGGCAACAAGCUGCUGGGGGCUCUCAGGCGAACGUCAAAGCAGCCGGAGCUUGUCCAAAGUCAGAGCCUUGAGCCGUCUCCCAGCUCCAGGCAGCUUCAACACCCGAACCCACAGCCUCAUCCGCAAGGAUAUCAGCCGCAGCCUGGACAAGUGCAAGGGCCACGACCUCCUGCUAACCAGUACCUGCAACCAUCUAUGCAACAGCCCCCUAAUCUUCCCAGGGCGAAGACCAUGCCCGCUGGACAUUUACAGCAACAAGGCGCGCCGCCGCAAGGUCAAACACGCUCAUCAGAACCACGGUAUGAAAGCGUUCCAAUUCCCAGAGGGUAUGCCGCAGUGCAUGGCGAGGGUAGAAUAGUGCCAUCACCGUAUCAACCAAGUCUUCGACAACACUUGCCGCAUGGUCAGUUUGCUCCUCCACAGCCGCAUAUGCAACAACAGCAGCAUCCGCAUCUUCACCCUCAACAACAUGUGCAACGGCAAUGGCAGGGAGCCCACCCUCCACCCAUGAGUUAUCAGCAUCAUCAUCAGCCUCAGCCUCAGCCAGCUCAAUAUCACGGUGGCCAGCAGUCACCUCCAAUGGUUCAGGGCCCAGUUUCGGCACCUUUGCCUCAUGAGAGACCUCUUCAUAUGAGAUUUCCAUCCGACCCUCGGUCCGACUACUUUCAUUCUCAGAGUUCUAGCUCGCUAAAUACCCAGCAUAAUAGACAUAAUUCCCAGGGUAGCCAGAACAGCAGAGUUGGACUACCACGACCUCCCAGUGAUUUAGGCAGCAAUCUGGGGAAAUCGCAUUCGGCCAGUCCACAGCCAUCUGAGAGAGAAAAUCUUCCUGUUGUAGAUGGUGUUCGAUCUGCCUCACGAAGUCCAGCUGUGUCGGUUGGAGCCGAUCAGAAGCCGGAUUUGAAGCCUGAAACAAAGUCAGAUAAGACUGCUGAGUCGACUCGACCUUCAAGCCUUGGCAUAGAUAUAGAAAAGGCUCAGCAGCUAGAAGAGGAUGACCUUUAUUCUGCCACACCUAGGAAGAUAGAAAACGGCGUGCAACCUACUAUAUCUCGAACCAUGUCGAACGAACAGGCAGAAAGCUCAGCGGGUGCAGCUACGCAGGCAAACGUGAAGCGAUCUAAUACCGUGUUAGCAGAAUUGGAGGACACCGAAGAAGCACGCAAGCGAGCCAUUAGGCUGGCGUCGCAAGAGGAGAAGAUAUUCUACGAGCCUGAGGACGAGAUGCCCAAAAUGAGUGCGACUAGUUAUCCCGGCCAAGAAUGGAACCCGUUUGGCGAACAAGAGUUUGCAGACUGGAGGGAAGAUUGAACUAUUUAGUUCACCGGUACAUAUGACAAAUUGCCAUUUAUUUAUUUUCUUUCACAUUUUUCUUUCCUUCCCCCCCCCCCCCCCC